AUGACUUUCUCUGCAGCUGAAAGGGCCGCUAUCAAUGCCCUCUGGGCAAAGGUGGAGGGUCAUACUGAUGACAUUGGAGCAGAGGCCCUGGAAAGGCUGUUCCUGAGCUACCCUCAGACCAAAACCUACUUUAGCCAUUUUGACCUGAGCCAUGGCUCCAAGGAUCUCCAUAACCACGGAGGAAAGAUUCUGAAAGCCAUUGGAAAUGCUGCCCACCACCUGGAUGACAUUGACCAUGCUCUGUCCACCCUCAGUGACCUUCAUGCUCAGAAGCUCAGAGUUGACCCUGGCAACUUCAGAUUGCUGUCUCACUCCAUCCAAGUGACCCUGGCUGUCCACUACCCUGCUGACUUCACUGCUGUUGCCCAAGCUGCCUGGGACAAGUUCCUCGCUGCUGUGUCCUCUACCCUGGUUUCCAAAUACAGAUAAUCUGGUCCUCCCAGGGUGAUAGCUGAGAGUUACACUGUCAUACUCAGCAUCACUGUAUUCAAUAAACUGAAUUUCAGCAAUUCAA